UGUUGAUUCGCUGCGUACCAGCUUCACGAUCUGCAACCUGAUGAUGUGUGGGAAUGGGACCUCCGCGCGGACUUGUCAUCUCCUGAAGGCGUAUUAUUUCUGUUCCUGACACGGUUUUCGUCAUGUCCGUGUGCUGGUUGGACGGCUUAUCGACAGCAUUACACGCCAUCAUCAAAUGGUACCGAACAAUCGGCUCGAUGCGAUAUAUCGCCGUACGCCUUUAUCGUGGUCUUUCAAAUGAAGCAUGUUUGCACACCACCUCAGCGCAAGUCAUAUAGACUUGCCGCACACAGAUUCAUGCAUAUAUAUAGUCACAUGUUGGAGACGUCGUCUCUCCUCUUCCAAAACAGUCUACACCAUGAACAGACUCAAGAUUGCCAUUUGUCACGCUCUUCUCCUGGCCGGCUGUAUCCAAGGCCUACACAUCAAUCGAAAAUGGGCUGAUGAUACUAGACCAAUUCUGACAUCCAAAAGGGAUGGCGAGGCUCCUAGAUGCUCAACAAAUGCCGAAUGUUUGAAGCUCGGGCUACCUGUGCUCAAGCCCAGUCCUAGACGUUUCGCUGCUCGGAGCGGAGCUUCAAGCACCACAACUACUGUGCCCGUCAUUGCCUACAACGCUGGCUCUGUGCCCAACAGGAAGCGCAAUCUGGCGGCAGCGUCAGAUGCUACUGCUCCGCCAGCCGACAGCCUCGGUUACUUGAGCAGCUUGCUAAUGCCAGACGGUCUCUUUGAGUCAUUCACUCAGGAUCUGUCCGCAGCCCUCCAAAUUCAGGUGGAUGUGACGUCGGGCACUGUGCAGAACGUCAUCGUCCCAGGCAACACCCAAUACCCUUAUCUGUGUGCAACGCAGGGGCCAGACAGCAAUGACAACACAAUGGGAGAGUCAGGAUCAUACAAUUAUCUCUUUCUCACUCAGUGCUCCAAUGGCGAUCCCGAUCAGGGUCCCCCCGGCUCCAAUAACUGCGCUUCCACUGGAUCUCCAAGCCAAGAUGAGACAGAAACGAAGACAUUCACCGUGAAUACCGCAACGGGCGAGCUCACUAUGACAUGGACCAAUCCAUUGGGAACCACUCCCUCGACAUUUCAGCCCAGCUUGUACAUGGAUGACAGUGCAGGUUUCAUUGGCUGGGUCAGCGAUGACUCAGCCUUCCACAAUCAAUUUGGGGACUCAGCGACAGAAAUCCUAAGCGCCCUGCAUACUGAUGACAGGUCUGCUGAGCUGACCUCCCAUAAAAGCAAAUCUUCGUGCCCUUGGCGUAGAACGAGGGGCUUUUGAAAGCCCGCUGAUUAGGAAUCUCAACUGUCAUCUAUAAUCUUGUCAUUCCGGAGCGGUGUAGGCGUCGGGUUAUGUGAGGACAGUGAUAUGCAAUGAGUCAU